AUGGGACAUUUACUCCAAGCACUUCAAGUCAUGCUUGUUGGUUCCUGGUUAGAGCAAGAAGGGCUUUUUUUGAUGUGUUCCUCCACAGUUUCAAAGACUUUUUCACCAAUAAUCUUGUUGUUAUGUUUACCUACUAUCUCCAACACUUUUUGGCAUUUCAUGCAAACUUUGGGCUUUUCUAUUUGGGAUGGAACUUGGUUUUUGCAAGUAGAACAGCGUUUAUUAAGUGAUAAAAACCAGCAAGUAAAUGAAUUAAAUAGGCAGUUGAAUGAGGCUAAUAAUAGAAAUAAUGGACUUGAAAGAGGAAUAAGAGAAAUUGAGGAGAAACUAAACAAUCGUCCUAAUAUUACUAACGAGCAAUGGAAUAAUACUCGGCAGCAACUUAAUAACAUUCAACAAGAAAAAAAUAAUCUCCAAUCUCAAUUGGAUGAUACUAGAAGAGAAAGGGAUAAUUAUAAGAGAGAAUUAGAUGAUGUUAUUAUUUGCGAUUGUGGUUGUAAAUUUUGCCCUUAUAAUGAAGAGGAGAAAGCAAAGCGGGAAUAUGAGGAAAUGAUAAAUAAAAACACCAACAACACCCGCUCCACUCCACCCAAAAGACGCAAAACUUAUACUCCUCCAAGACCACACCAACCUACUAACUCUAAUACUCCCCACCAAUAUAAUCCUGAUCCAAAUAAAGAAAAAGAAGAAAAUAAUCCUAAUUCACCAAACCCAGAAGAACAGCCAGAAGUAGAAGGACUAUUACAAACAGUAAUCGCUGCUGAAAGUUUAGUUAAAGAAAAUAAAUCUGAUCCUGAAAUCUUAUCUAAACUUAUUACUGAAAGAGAUAACAAUACCCUUCUUUAUCAAAUUAUCAAUCAAGAAGGAAGACUUGAUAAAGUAAUCAAUGAAUUAGAGAGUAUUGAAAAAGCAGGAGACAAGAAAAUUAGGAAGAUAAAGGAGGGACCGAAGGAAGAAAUUAUUGAAGAGUUAAAAGGAAUUAAGCGUACCACUGGUCAGCAUCCUGGUGGUUUACUUAUUACUUUACCUAACACUGAUAUUCAAAGAUACACUCCUUUAAACUAUCCAGCAGAUAACCGGCAAUCUGAAUGGAUGACUACUCACUUUGAAUAUAGUUUUUUAUCUGAAAUAUUUCUUAAAGUUGAUAUUUUAGGGCAUGAUGAGCCCACGGUAUUACAAAAACUGUUUCAGUUGACAGAAGUUGACCCAAAUAAAAUUUCUUUUCAUGAUGAAAAUAUAAUGAAAAUUUUUACUACUGCCGAUACCUUAGGAAUACCAGAAUUCGGAACCGACUUUGUUAGAAGAAAUUUGUUAACUCCCUUAAAGCCAAAUAAAUUUUCUCAAUUAGUUCAAAUUUCAGGUUUCUCACAUGGAACUAAUUUGACGGCUAAAGAAAAAGGAUUAUUGUUUACUUUGAAAGUUAUUUUAGAAAUGGAAUUAAAAGGGUUAGAAAAAUUGGCCGAGAAAAUUAUUGCUUAUCGGCAAGAGAAGGGAAAAAUUAGUAGUAACUGGAAGGAAGAAUUAACUAGUUUAUUGAAUGUUAAUCAUAUCCAGCAAUUAGAAAAUUUAGCCAAGAUUAAAGAUAGCGAAAUACAAGUUGACAAAAAAUUAGAAGCCAUUCGCGAGCAUUUAAAAAACCCUUUCCAAGGCAAAGUUAGAUUUCGGGAAAAAACUCCUGAGCAAAUUAGUAAAGAGAGAUACGAUAAAGAUAAGGUGGAGGUAGUCAAGUUGGAAGGGACGGAUUAUCAAGAGGCAGUCGAAGCAAUUUUUAAUCAUGUAAAAAAAAAUGGAGAAAUUAUUUAUCCGAAUUUUAAAGCAGUAAGGAUAAACGAUUUGGAGAAUUUAAAGAGGUUAAAUAGUGAAAAAAAUUUAAUCCCCUUUCCAUCGGUAAAAAAGCCAAAAGAAAAACAUACUUCCACCUUAAUUUUUCUUCAUGGCACUUAUGGAGCCGGCUCAUUAGAUGGGAUGGCUGAAAAAAUUCCUGGUUUGAAGUUAAUGGAAGCAGAUGUUCCUAAAGCAUAUAAUCUUUAUAAUAUUUCACGCCAGAAAAAUUUUGAAGAGGCUGACAAAAUAAUUCAUUUAGACUAUUGUCAACUAAUGCGAGCAGUGAAUUGUGUUAACGAAAUUAUUGAGCAGGAAAUCAGGGCUGGCAUUCCUCCGAAAAAAAUUUUUAUUUCUGGUUAUUCCCAAGGUGGUUUGCUAACUUUGGCAGUGGCUUUGACUUCUCAACAUAAAUUAGGCGGUUUUAUUCCGCUUUGCGGUCUUUUACCUCGCUGGGAUAAGUUACUGGUUAAUCCUUCUACUAAAAAUAAAGAAACUCCUUGUUUAAUUAUAAAUAAUUCAGGUGAUGAAUGGGUUCCCUUUUGA